AUGCGACAGGAGAGGAGUCGGCGGUGUCGGCGUUUUCAUCAACACGAGUUUGUCCGUGAACAACGAUUCAUUCGAACAGCUUACAACCCGAAUCGAAUGUUUACGAUUAAAUCGAUGUGGAUCAAUACCGGUUUUGCAAUCUUCGUCGUUUACGCCCCGACAUCAAACUAUGACGAAGAAGUCGAAGCGUUCGAUAUGGAUCUAUAUGGACUUGCAGAAGUUCUACAGAGAAGACCACAAUUUUUUCAAGGUCAUCAUUGGAGAUUUCAACGCCAAGAUUGGACCAAGGAGAACGUCACAUUGGGACCCAUUGAUUAG